UCUGUUUUGGCUUGGUUUGGAGCUCAGGUGGCCACAGCCAUGGCGCGCUCACAUUAUUCCGUCUCUGCUUUUCCUUCGAAAUCCCUGCUUCAGUUAUCUCGCACUCUAGGAGCUUCUCAUUUAAGCCAUGUUACAGUGGUUGGCCGUCGUUUCUCUGAUACAUCCAAGAUCAGUACGAGCCUCAGAGCCGGCAUCGUUGGCCUCAUCAAUGUUGGAAAAUCAACUCUCUUCAAUGCCGUCGUCGAAAAUGGCAAGGCUCAAGCAGCUAAAGUUCCUUUCUGUACAAUAGAGCCCAACGUAGGAGUAGUUGCAGUUCCAGAUCCUCGCCUGCAUCAACUUUCUGAUCUCAGCAAGUCUAUACGAGCGGUCCCAGCUUCCAUAGAGUUUGUAGAUACUUCUGGGUUAGUGAAUGGUGGCAGUCAAGGAGAAGGAUUGGGAAAUAACUUUUUAUCCCAUGUUCAUGAGGUGGAGGUCCAUACUUCAGGCUGUGCGCUGUUUUGAGGAUAACGACAUUGUUCACGUGAAUGGGAAAAUUGAUCCAAAAACUGGUAUUGAUUUGAUUAACUUAGAGCUUUAUUUUUCAGAUCUGGACCAGGUAACAUCACUGAAACCUUUUCUAUAUUCAUACGCAUGUUUUGCACCUUUUAGUAUGCAGGGUUACAAUCCUUUGUUAUUAUCUUGCUACUUUUUAUUUAAUUGUACAUUUUCCUUUUUUACUAAGUUAACUCUUAGGUAGCAAUAAAUCUAAAUAAAUUCCUUGAUGAUAAAUAACGAUAAAUCUAAAUAAAUUCUUAUCUAAAGCGAGCACGGGCUUUGCUUGCCUCUCUCGUAUUCACCCUCUUGGAGUACUUCCAUGGGCGGUACUUGCCUCUCUCGUACUCACUCCACUUGAAGCACUUUUAUUGGUGUUGUUUGCCUCUCUAGUGCUCACUUCUCAAGGAAAACUGAUUAAUGUUUGGGAAGAACUCCAUCGCUUGCAAUGGUGACUUCUUGAAGAAAUUUUUCAAACUUCUAAUCGUUCCUCACAGCUAGAAGAACAUGCAUAGGGUUUAUCCUAUUUUUCUAGCCAAUUCCAAAAUCCUAGUGCCAAGGUAUUUGAGGAUGACAGCUAGCUAGAUCGAAGCAUAUACGACAAUCCGCUUUUCAUAGUGACCUUUCUUAAGGUACUGUAUGAUUCUUCCAUUCGGGCAUUAGAGUCUAGCCUUACAAAUUUGGAGAUUUUAGUUUAGUCGCCUCCUUUAUUGAAUACUUCAAAUAUGAAUCUCAAAAUUUGAUGUUUUGUGAUGAUGAUGGGAGGAAUGACUUGAGAUUUUUUUUGACAUGACGAUGGAAUAAACAAGAGGAUAGGUAUCUUGGUCAUGAUCGGUUGCUAGGAAGGCUCCAACUUAAUUUAGUCAAAGUAGGAAGGCUAUGCUAAUUAAUUACACCUCUGAAAAUAGAUUAAUUAAGGAAAUGAAUCCUAUUUCCUAGUUUAAGUAUGGUAUGUUAGAUUCUGGGCCUUUCUUGCUUGUUUGGUCUUUCUUAAAAAUUUUGGAUUCUCAAGAAUUGAUGGAGAGAGUGAGGCUACAAUAAUGAUUCUUUAAGUAGAGAAGAUGUCAAUGGUUUCAAACUCACUGGGCUCUUGCUUCUAUUACGCAAUGGGCCAAAUUAUUGCUGUUGUUGAAUGGGUUUUAUCUGAUGUUGCAAAUGUUAUGACGUUGCAAUGGAAGUCGCAAGUGGGCCUGGCGCAAGAGUCCACCCAAUGGACUUUUGAUGCUGCAGAGGAACUUAUACUCUGACGCAAAUAGAAAUCGACUUAUCUAUCAUAUUGCUCUCAAAGUAUGAUUAAAUUUGUUGGUAAAAGUCUGAUUUAAAAUUAAAAACGUUUCAGUUAAAAAAGGAUGUAGCCCACUGGAUCUGGCUGUGUUGACUUUGUUUUUCCAACAAUUCUCAUAUCACAGAGGAAUAGGAUUAAAGCUCCUGAAAUGCAAUGUUACAAACAGAAUGAUUGAUAAUUCUUUCUCCUGCCUAUGAAUGUCCAAAUUUUUAAAGAUGGAUAAAGUUACGUGAAGUAAAGAUUUAUGGAUGAAAUAUAUGUUUCUCUUGAUGUUUAUGAGAAUCUGACACCAAAGAGAAAAAAGCGUCAUUAGCUAUUCUCUUCUUUUGUUCUUUGUUUCAACGAAGUUCUUGAUGUUUCUUACAGAAAAUAAAUAAUAAACCUUGUCCAUAGAUUAUACUUAGGUGUCUCUGUAUAUCAUGACAUUAAAAAAUAAAUAAUACACUUUUUUGUCUCUGUUCUUAUACUUAGGUGGUUUGGAGAACAUAUUCUCUUGGUUAAAAGAAUGUCAUUCAGAGAUUAGGGGAUCAACCUGCCUAGUUCUUUUGUCUUUUAGAACUAAACUUGGCCUACCAAGGCCAGUGCAACAAGAAAAGUGCCUAAUAGAAGAAUUUCUAUUCGUCAAUAAGACCUUAAAAAGUUUAGCGAAGAAACGGACUGGUGUAGUGCUGUAUGAUUGACAUCCAGAAUUACUCAAAUCCUUAAUUUGAAAUUUGAAGAUAACUUCAUUCAUCCUGACAGACAUUUUACUGUGAACUGUUUACUGGACUGAUGACAUAUUAUAUCUGUCUUGAAGUUUCUUUGGACUCUUGUUAACUUGAUCAUUCCAGCUAGAGUAAUGCUAAAUUACCUACCAGAUUGUAAAGCGGAUUCAAGAUCUAAAUCAAGAGGUGAAUAUUUAGCUGGACAGAAACAGGUAUGUGCAUAUUCUCAUAGCAUUAUCUUUCGAAAGAAUAAUUUUGAAUUUUUUUCUUCUAUAUCUUGUUUUAUUGUUGAUGUCAAUUUCCAAAAGUUUUAUUAUUACUUUUAACUGUUUUAAAACUUUCUCAUUUAACUCCCUUAAACUUUUUUAAAAGUUUUUACUCCCUACGUUAAAAAUCUCAUGAAUGUUAAAAAAUAGCAUUAAUACCCUUAAUUUUUCUAAAAUAAGAUUUUAUCGUGAGUAUAUAAAUAAAAAUCAUUUAUCUCUAUGAUUUAUAGGUAAAGAUAAAUGGUUUUCAUCCAUACACCGAGAACAACAUUUGUAAACAUUUUUUAAAAGGUUAAAGAUAUUAAUGCUAUU